AUGGCCCCAAAAAAGGCCUUCACCCAAGCCAAGCAACAGGCUCUCACGAAGCACGACAAGUCGAGCGCGACGUCCUUCGACGCGAGAGUGGUAGGACUGUGCGCGGCGGCGAACGACAGCCCCUACGUCUUCACGACGUCGUCGUGCAGCGGCCGGCACCUCCUGUGGCGCGGCGAGGGCGUCAAGGCCACGCAGUCCUUCGCGCGGGGCCGCGUGAGCCACGACCGCGUCGACGCGGCGUACUUUCUGGACCACGACGCCAACGACCAGGCGCCGUUUCGCAAGGCGCCGCUCGACGCGGCGCCGGAUAGCGAAGGCGCGCUCUGGCUGCGCUACGAGCCGCUGAUCCUCCACGCGCGCUGCGCCGACGCGGGGGCGGCCCAGGCGUUCAUGCGCGCAGCCCGGACCGUCUUCAAGAAUGUGGGAUUGCAGUCCGCGGCCUUCGAGACCGACGGCGCGUGCGUCGCGGUCGUCGGCGACGAGGGCCUCGACAUGCCGCUGCGGAGCCCGGACGGCAAGGCGCUGUUCUCCGAGGCGCACGUCCCCUGGCUCGUCGCGACGCUCAACGAGAAACAUGAGAGAAACUGGGCCAAGACACGGCGCUUCGAGGCGGCGCUGCGCGCGGUCCUCGAGGAGCUCCACGCGGACCGGGCUCAUGGCGACGACGACGACGACGCGCUGAAGCCGCGGCGGGCGCGCUACGACGUCGUCGGCGACGUGGCGGUGCUGCGGCGCCCCGUGCUGCCCGACGAGGACGCGGCGGCGCUCGCGGCGCGGAUCCUGGGCUCGAACGGAAGGCUCCGCGUCGUCGUCGCGCCGCCCGCGGGCGCGCAGCUCGCCGGCGCGCACCGGAGCCCCGCUACUGCUUUGGUCUGCCUCGGCGGGCGGGACCGGCGGCCGCUGGUCACGACGCACAACGAGCACGGCGUCUCCGUCGUCGUGGACCUGAACGCGUGCUUCUUCACGCCGCGCCUGGCCACGGAGCGGCUCCGGGUGGCGCGCGCCGUCGCGCGCGACGAGCGCGUGCUGUGCCUGUUCGCGGGGUGCGGCGCCGAGGCGCUCAUUAUCGCCGCGACGACGGCGUGUUCCAAAGUCGCUUGUGUCGAGGUCAACCCCGUCGCGACGCGGUGCCUGGAGCGGUCCGUCCAGACGCUUCGACGGAGCAAGGGCGACGCGGCGGCCGACCGCGUCGAAGUGGUCUGCGCCGACGUCCUCGACGACCUGGCGGCGCGCGCGCGGCGGGGCGAGACGUUCGACCGCGUGCUCGCGCCGCGACCCAAGGGCAAGCGGGACGGCGACCGCGUCGACGGCGCGGCCGCGGACGACGACGGCGCCGACGGCGGCGGCGGGCCCGACGGGAUUCGCUUCCUGGAGGCGAUCUUGCCCGUGCUCACGCCGACGGCCGUCGUCCACUGGACCGACUUUGCCGCGGACCAUGAGUUGCCGGCGUGCGAGCGGACGCGGACGUUUCUGACCGAGGCGUGUGCGCGUUUGGUGGGCGCGCCCUGUCAUAUACUCCACAGCGCCAAGGCCGGGAGUUCGUCCGUCGCGGCUCGACAAUACAGGGUGACGGUGGACUUUCGGCUCGCGGAUAUCGGUCCGCGCGGGGCGUCGGUGCAUCCCGCCGGGCUGCCCUUGCGGGGGUCGCAGAAGUUGCGUGUUGUCGACGAGGAGUAAUGUGUCUAUGUUUUCAGUAUAGCCGCGGUGUCGGGUUUUUUUUAGCGCCGUCCGUCGAUUUGCCUCUGGGGGGCUUGGGGACUCCUGCGGGGGUGACUGAGACGUCUCCGCGCGACAAAUUCGGCAUUUCGCUCGGGGGCGCCUCCUCUCUCAAGCGCCAGUUGCUCAGCGGCGCACAGCUAUUUGCGGGCCAUCAGCCGCCCCGCUGCGCCCCCUGACGCGUUGGAGAGAAAGCCUGAAGGCCACUGGUCGCCGCAGGCGCGGAAACCGUAGGCAUUUUGGUGCGAUAGGGCGUUAACAGCACGCCGCAGCGUAAACUCACUCUCAAGCCGCCACAGCGCGGCGCGGGCCGCCGCGCGGUCCCCGUGGCCUUCACACGCGGCGCAGACGCGCUUAUACCGCGACAGCACUUGCGAACUGCGCGCGCUGCCUCGGGAAUCGGCUAACAGCUGCGGGGCGCCGUAACAGACGCAAAAAAUUCGCCACCGCCUAAACGCCGCCGCGCCGCCGAAAACCAAACGCCACACAGGCAUCAUGGCUUCGACGGACUACGUCGGCCAGGUCCAGGCCCGCAUGGAGUCGCUCGCGGACGGGUUCAUGGCGCGCGCCAUCUCGCUGGCGCAGGCCGACAUGGCCGUCCUCGACGAGCAGCUCGAGCACGCGCGGAAGAAGCUCCGCGGCGAGAAGGGCGCGCUCGUGACCGCGAGCAGCGCCCUGGCGCCGCCGUCGCGCGCGCCGCUCGCGACGAUCACCGAGGCGAGCAACUCGCCGCGCGUCGAGGCCGCCGCCGCGAAGCCCGCGCCGCGCGCGCCGCCGGCCGCCGCCGCUACCGCCGCCGCGCGGCCAUCACCGCCGACGAACGAGAGCGACUCCGUCGCCAAGGCGCGCGCGCUCGUCGAGUCGUACACGUUCAAGGAGCUCCAGCGCGAGCUCAAGUCCCGCGAGCUCCGGGCCGCCGGCAAGAAGCAGGAGCUCAAGGCCCGGCUCGAGGGCGCCCUCGUCGCGGAGCUCGAGGCGGCCAAGGAGGCCGCGCCCAUGGAGGAGGACGUCGUCGAGGCGCCGGCGCCGGCGCCGGCCCCGAAAAAGCCCGCGUCGCCGCGCGCCGCGCCGGCGCCGAAGGCGGCGCCGAAGCCGAAGCCCGCGUCGCCGCGGGCGGUCGCCGCGCCCAAACCCGCGCCGCCGAAGGCCGCCGCCGCGCCGCCGCGCGCGCCGCCGCCGCUCCCGCCGCGGCCCGCGUCGCCGGCGCCGCCGCGGCCCAAGUCGCCGCGGCCCGAGGCGCCGCCCGCGCCCGAGGCCCGGUCGCCGAAGGGCUCGCCGAAGCCGGGCCUGGGCUUCGUGGCGUCGAUGCAGUCGCUCUUCGGCGGCAAGAAGGACGGCGCGCCGGAGCCGCCCAAGUCGGCCAAGCCCGCGGCCCAGCCGACGCCGCAGCCCGACCGCCUCGCCGAGGUCCGCGCGCGCCAGCUCCAGCAGCAGAAGGCGCGGGAGCAGGCCGCCGCCGCGCGCGAGCGCGAGACGCAGCAGCGCCUCGCCGCCGAGAAGAGGCGCCGCGACGCCGAGGAGGCCGCGCGGCGCCAGGCGGCCCUCAAGCGCCAGGAGGAGGUCGCGAAGCGGCGCCAGGAGCAGCGCGAGGCCGAGCUCAAGCGCAAGGCGGGCAUGGACGCCGCGCCGCCGCCGCCGCCGGCCGCCCACAGCCCGCCGCCGCCGGCCACCGCGCCGCCGCCGCCGCCGGCCGCGGCCGCGCUCUCGCCGCACCGGCCGGCCGCGCCGGCGGCGAAGCCCGCGCGGCUCACGCCGGGCCCCGACGCCGCGGCCAAGAAGCCCGCGCCCCAGCCGAAGCCGAGCCCGCUGGACACGUACGAGAUCAGCGACCGCGAGGAGUCGACGGACGACGAGGACGAGAACGAGGAGCGCCAGCGCAACAAGCACAUGCCGGACUGGGCGCGCGGCGCGGCGCUCCGCGAGGCCCUCAAGGGCCAGCGCGACGCGGACCCGGCCCAGGUCUUCCAGAUCGGCGGCUCGACGUGCGAGCUCGCGGCCAUCUUCAAGACGGACCGGGCCUUCAAGAAGCGCACGUCGUCCCAGAACUGGGGCGCGGACCUCGCAAGCCAGCACGAGCAGCAGCGCUACAAGCAGGACAUGGGCUUCCAGUCGCCGCCGCGCGGCCCGUUCUAGAUCUCUCCCCUUCUCCCCCCUUCUAACAAGAGACACUACUUAUCUCUGCUUGCUUAGGGCAUGUCGACGUAGACGACUCGUUCGACGGCGUCGUAGCGGACGGGCAGGUCAACGGCUCCAGAUAUCCUACAAUCGAGCUCCCCUCUCCGCUCGAACACGUGCACUCCGCCACGCGAGUAAAGAGAGUGACCAACGAUGUAGUCGUCUGGGCCAUCGUAGUUGACGACAGAGAGGAUGCGGUCCGAUUCGCUGUAUGCCGUGUGACGCGGCAUACCUCCAUCAAAGCUAAUCCACUGGUCGUUUACCGUGUCGUAAGCGUAGUGCUCGCGACCGUCAGAAGGUUCGCCGUCUUUCCUAUGAUCCGUCAGGUGGAUGAGCGUUCUAUCCACGCAAAUGCCGGGCCAUGGCACCGUAUAGUUAUAUGGCGCAUACCCGUGUCUCAAAUCUACGAUUUCGACUUCUUCGGGAAUGUCUAGGGUUCUCCACGUUUCUGUCUCGGUGUCGAAGACGCGAAAAAAGUCCGGCUCCAUGCGGUCGAGGACAUAGAUUUCGGAGCCCACGGCGACUGCGACUAAUUGAUGACCCAGUCCGCUUUCUGCUACCGGCAGCGGCGGCGGCAUCGGUGGCAUGUCCACCCAUCUCUGGGCGUCAGGGUCAAAGCUUUGAAGUAAGAUGCGCCAUUCAUGGUCAUCGCGACACAAUCCGCCCACAUAUAGACGACCAGCGCAGCCGACAGCAAACAGUUCGCGACGCGCGCCUUGAGGAUAUGCAGACGAUAGUGGAAUCGUGAACCACUCGUCGUCGACUGCGUCGUACACGGACACACCAGCGUACGUGCUGUUUUGUUUCAUGCCGCCGGCGAGGAAGAGCUCGGAACCGAUAACUGCGGUUCCCGCGCGAGCCACCCCACCAAAAUGCAACCCACCAAGUAUGCGCAUCUCGGCCGACAUCGGCACAAGGCGUCGCCACACGCGCCCGGACACGAGGGCCAUGAAGCAGUCGCCCACGACAACGAGCGCUUCCUCCGUAAUCUCCUCCGCGCGCCGCGCCUUGAGGAAGCGUUCACUCCGCAUAAUUGCGCGAAAGCCGACCGACGCGUCCGCGACGGCGUCGUGGUCCUCGCGAGGCAAUCGUGCGAGGCAGGAGAGCAUGACGUGUUCCGGCAGGACCUGAAACGCUCCCAAAUGAGACGUCUUCGCCCUGCGCUGCAUAGCUUUCACGAGUGCGCGCCGCGGCUCCUUAAAAGUGUAUGGAUACUUGCUCUCCAUGAGGUAUCGUCAAGACCGCUGGGGUCACGCAGCGCAGGGGUGACAACGAGUCGUCCUGACGGUCAGAUUUUGCCACAGCGCCCGCGUUGUGUGCCCAACUUGAUCGAGCUUGCUAGUGUCUUACUUGCGCUAGCUCUGCGAGAGGGGGCGCCGCGUCUCGGGGCCACGCGUCUUUACGGCCGCCAGCGCUGUGGCCAGCACGCUCAUAGGUGCGCCCCAACGCGGCAGAGUCAAGCCUUUUGACGCCUGCGCGCCAGCGGCACCGAUUGAGAUCUGAGGAGGCAUGGGCGUCAAGGGCCUCUGGAAGUUAUUAGAACCGUGCGGCCGUCGUAUUCAUGUCGAGACGCUCGAGAACACGACGCUCGCUGUUGAUGUCAGUAUCUGGAUGACACAAUUUGUGAAAGCGAUGCGUGACGAGGAAGGUAGACCGAUCAAAAACGCCCACGUCAUCGGCACGCUGCGGCGCGUCGCGAAGCUCCUCUAUCAUGGCGUGCGACCGGUCAUUGUGUUUGACGGCGGCGUCCCUGCUCUCAAGGAGCGGCUCAUCCGCCAGCGGCGCAUGCGGCGCGAGCGCCGCGAGGACGACGCGCGGUCCACCGCGAAGCGGCUCCUCGCCGCGCGGCUCCGCGCCGAGGCGUUGCGGAGGAAAGCCCCGGCCCAAAAUACUGAGGCGGCCUACGCGGGCGGCUUCGACCCGGGGAGCCAGGGCGAGGCCGCACCUACGAGGGCGCCGGCGCCGCGCCCCGCGCCCACGCAACCGUCACCAGAAUCGUCGUCGGACGACGACGACGACGACGGCUGCGAGUGGGAGCGCGGCGAGACCGCGGACGGUUUAGGGGUGGCGGCCGACGGCGACGCUUCCGCCGUCGACGUCGAGGCGCUCAUCGCCCUGCCGCCGGCCGUAAGGAAAGCAAGGGUCGAGGCCGUCAACCGCAAGCAGCGCGUCGCCGCGCGGCGGCGCUUGAUGCCUGUGGCCGGGGACGCCGACGAGUUCUCGGCGACGCAGCUCUCGUCGUUCCUGCAGGGCGCGACGUUCCGGCAGCGCGUCGAGCGGGCCCAGGCUGAAAGGGGAGACGACGACGCGCGCGGCGAGCGCAUCCACUCGGACCCCAAGCGGCGCUUCGUGCUGUUGCGCGACGAUGAAAACGGUCAGCAGGUCCGGGGCGGCGUCAAGGCGCGCAUGGAGCGGUUCCUGCAGGCGAACGACGAGGAGGUCGUUGAUGAUGACGAUGAUGAGGAUGACGCGCCGCCGACGUGCGCCGCGUGCGGCCGGCGGAAGAGUAGAUGCGCGUGCGCCCUGCGCCACGGCGCCUGCGCGCGGCGACCGGCGCCGCGGCCGCGGCCGACGCCGCAGACCGUCGUGCCGCUGCCGGGCCAGUCCAUCGACGAGGCCCUCGAGGAGGCCGAGCUCCGCUACGUCGAGGACUUCCCCGAGGAGUUCGCCGGGUCCGACGACGACGCGGCGCCGGCGCCGGCUCCCCUUGAUGAUGAUGGCGGCGGCGGCUUCUUCGUCGACGGCGAGGAGGAAGGCGGCGGCUUCGUCGCUGAGGACGACGACGGCGCGGCCGGCGGCGGCUUUUUCGCGGAGGAGGAGGAGGCCGCCGCGGCGCCCGCGCCCGCGGACGAGGGCGGCGGCGGCUUCAUCGUCGAAGAAGAGGAGGAGGACGCCGGCGCCGCGCCGGCGCCCGCGGCCGACGACGCGUCCGAGUCGAGCGACGACUGCGCCUGGGAGGCGGGCAACGCCGACGACGCCGCCGACGACGCCGCGGCGGCGGGCGUCGCCGUCGCCGUCCCGUGCGCCGACCCGGAGGCCUUCCGCGCGCGCCUCGCGGCGCUCGGCGACGCCGGGGCCGCGCCGCCGCCGCCGGUCGCCGCCGAGGCCGAGGACGAAGCCGACGAGGUCGACGAGGCCGCGAACCGCCAGGCGCUCGCAGCGGCGGCGCGCACGGCGUCGCAGAUGGCCGACUGGGCGGGCCGCGCGUUCCGGCGCGCGCUUGCUGACUCGGGGAGCGCGGAGCUGCUGGCACCGGCCGCCGCGCCCCCGGCGCCGGCCGCUGCGGUCCCGGCGCCGCGCGCCAUGGAGGUCGAGGCGCCCGCGCCCGCCGCGGAGCCGCCGGCGGACGCGGACGCGGACGGCGACGCCGACCUCGCCCGCGCGCUCGCCCUGUCGCGCGAGGCAGCGCCCGAGCCCGAGCCCGCCGCCCAGGCGCCGCCGGUCGUCGAGGCGCCGCCGCCCGCCCCGCGGCCCACCGAGCGGGAGCCUGAGCCCCCCGCGCCGCGGCCCGCCCCCGAGCCGGCGUCAGCGCCGCGCCCGCCGCCUAUGUCUCCCGCGGGGGCGCCGCCGCCCGCCGCCGCGCGGCCCACCGAACCGCCGCCUGCGGAGGUGCCACCGCCCGCGCCGCCGCCCACCGGCGCACAACUGCCCGCCGCCGCGCCUGAGCCGCCCGCGCCGCCCGCGGAGGAGCCACCGCCCGCCGAAGCGCCGCCGGCCGACGAUCACGACGACGACGCCUGGGCCCCGCACCGGAAGGCCGCGACGGAGGGCGGCUUCUACGAGGUCUGCCCCGACUUCGACGCGCAGCUCCAGUUCGCCCUCGACAACGCCCAGGAGGGCGACCUCGACGGCAUGGCGGCCGCCGCCGCCGCGGCCACGGACCCGCGCGAGCGGGCCGUCUACGCUUACGUCGUGGCCGCCGUGCGCGCCAAGUGCCCACAACAGCCACCUUCGUUCGCCGACGCCGCGCGCGCCGACGCGCUGGACCGAGAAGCGGCGCAAUUGCGGCGAGAGCUCGCGAGGUCAGCAAGGGACGCCGACAGCGUGACCGACGAGAUGCGCGAGGACGUCAUGGGUUUACUGGAUGAUCUCGGGGUGCCGUACAUCGUCGCUCCCAUGGAGGCCGAGGCGCAAUGUGCGGCUUUGGAACUUGCUGGAUUGGUAGAAGGCACGAUCACGGACGACAGCGACGCGUUCUGCUUCGGUGCCAAAAAGGUCUACAAGAACAUUUUCGACGACAAAAAGUUCGUCGAGGCGUAUUUUGCCGAGGACUGUCGAAGGGAGCUGAAGCUAGGUAGAUCUGAGUUCGUGUCAUUGGCUUUACUAUUAGGUGGCGACUAUGCGCACGGCGUGAAGGGCGUCGGCAUCGUGAAUGCGAUGGAGGUGCUGCAGGCGUUCCAUUUUCCCCAUGCUCAUUCGGAAAAUCAAGUCGACGCGUCGAUUUCAUCCCUUCGCAAGUUUGGGCGGUGGUUGGACGACGUGGGCAACACGCAACUCCAAGAUGCGCACGUGAAACGCUUCGCGAAGCGACAUCGGGCCGCUCGGUCGCGUUGGGAGGCGCCGCCCGCGUUUCCGAACCGCGAGGCCGCGAAGGCUUAUGUCGAGCCUCGAGUUGCUGAUGAGGACGAGUUAGCAAGGCAGCUGGGUAGAGAUAUAGAGGCGUGGGACCCGCAGUCGACGCAGCGCUUGUUCGACUGGCGCGAGCCCGACGAGAAGCGGUUACGAAAACGGUGCGCCUUGGAGCUGAACUGGGCGCCGUCGACGGCCGCCGCGGUGCUGGACCCGGUCUUCAAGCGGUGGGCGGAACGGAAGGCCGGUCGGCAGCGCCGCGUCGACGCGUUUUUUGAUUCGUACCACUCGAACAAGAAGAACGACACGCACGCAUCUAAAAGACUGCGGCGGGCCUUGGACGAGAGCGAGCCCGAGGCGCCUAAGCAGAAGAAGAAGCGGAAGCGGCGGGUCGUCGUGGAGUCGGAGGAGGAGGACGAGGAAGACGACUCACCGGCCCCGCCUAGGCCUAGGUCCUCGCGCGCGGCGGCGGCGAAGGCUGCUCGGCAGCUCGCCGAGGAGGAGGAGUCUGGCGACGAUUGAUGUGUUCUUAGUGAAUGUAAGACUGUGUUUCUUAGUCAUGAAUUCAGGGGGCCGCGGCGAAGGAUGCGAGCUUCGAUCGCGCGCUCUCGAGGUUUCCGUUGAUGGUCAUCAUAGUAGGAUGGGCCGUCCCAAAGACCCGCCGCGCAGUCGAGGAUAGCUCCUCGAGAAGCGCCACGGCUUCGACCAGGUCGUCUCUGCUUCGACCUUCUGAGAUGAGGGCACUUGCGUAAUUGAUGCGAAGGGUUAGUACCGUCGCGUCUUCUGUGCCAAGCUCGCGCGCGGCCUCGGGGAUUGUCGCCCGUAAAAAUGGCUUCACCUCCUCGUAGCGUUCGCAUCUAUCGGCCUCGUCCAUCAAGAUCUUCGCCUGCUCCGCCAGACACGCCACGUGCGCGAAGCCGGCCGUCCCGCGGCACGCGCACCGGCGCACGAGGCCCUCCUUCGUCUUCCAAUGGAGGGCCUGCGUGCAGAUGUAGCACGUCUGGCCCUUCGUGUCGUCCGCGCAUUUCGCGACGGCCUCCGCGACGGCCUCCUUGUAUUUGUUGUCGGCGUGGUAUUGCUCAGCGUUGCCGCCGCGGUGUAUCUUCUUACACAUCUGCUUGUGGCCGCGGCGCCAGUGGUCAUGCUGGCAAGUUUUGUUGCAGUACCUCGUCUGACAUCUAACGCAUCGCGGCGCGUUGUGGGCCAGUGGGGCGGCGCAGGCGGCGCAAGUUGUGAGGAUCAUCUUGCGUUUUUCGGUGAGUUUUUGGGCUUGCGGCGGCUUGACUCGGCUUGAAAAACCCGAUUUUUUUCAACUCACAAAAAAAACGCCGCGCGACGAACGCUCUGCCGCGCCAACGCUACGGUGCUACAGUGUACAAAAGAGACAUAUAUACAGGGCACUUCCUCAUCAUCGCGCCACGCCCGCCCACGUGCCCUUCGCCGCGCGCUCCUCCUUGAUGAUGUCGGCGACGCUCGCGGGCGACGGCCUCUCGCGCGGCGCGGCGGACUUUCGAAGCCACGGCGCCUCGGCGGCGGGCGCAGGAGCCGGCGUUUUGGGAGGCCCGCGCAAGAAGGCCGCGAGCGACACCGGCGGCGACGCCGCCGCGGCGCGCGGCCCCCGCUUCGGCGCGCGCGGCGGCGGCGUUUCGGCGGCCGCCAGCAGCGAGCGGAGAUCGGUCGCGGGCGCCGCCGCGGGCGCGGCGCCCCACGCCGGCCGCGGCGCCUCGGGGGUACUCGGGAUGGCGUCCACCUCCGGCUCCGGAGUCGCUUCCAGCCGCCGCCAGCGCUGCCGCCGCCGCCGCGGCUCGGGCGUCGACUCCGGGACCGGCUCGGGCGGCGGCGGCGGUCGCUCGGGCGCGACGUGGCGGAAGCGCCGCAGCAGCGCGUCCUCGAGGGGCGAGGACGCGGCCGGCGACGACGAGAGCGGCGUCUUCUCGGAGUAAAAGACCGGCGCCGGGCAGAGCUCAUGGCCCAAUUUUGAACGCGGCGCGAAGUAGACGGCCGCCGCGCCGCAGGACCGGAGGUGGUCGCGGAGGCCCGCCAGCGGCAGCGUCGCGCCGCAGUGGCACCGUCCUGUAGCGCGUUUCAGCUUCCGGCGCGUCUUCUCGGCGACGGCGACGCGGCACUUCGCGCCGUCGUAGAAAGGAGCUCGGCAAAGCGGGCAGACGACGUCGGACGGCCGCGUCGCGCGCGAGGCCACGAGCGCCACGCACUCUCGACAAUAUUCGUGGCCGCACGGCAGCUUGACCGGCAGCUCCAGGACCUCGCGGCAGCAGGCGCAUUCAUACGAGUCGUCGAACUGCACGUCAUCCAAUUGACCCAUGACGGCGUCGGCGGCUCGGCGCUUCGCCGCGAAGCCGGCGAGGACCGCGCUAAGGGCCGCUCGCGCGGCUUCCAAGUCGUCGCGCCGUGCUAAUUUCUUGCGUUCCGCGUCGUCGAGCGUCUCUUUGGCGGCCAGGCCGCGGAUGCUCUUCAGGCGCUUCUCGACGCCGCGGAGCUGCGCCUUCGCCGCGGCCUCGACGUCCGCCGGCGGCGUUUCGGUGGUGGCUUGCGGCGUUUCGGCCGCGGCGGCCGCGGCCGCCGCGCGGCGCCGCCGCCGUCGCUCGUUGCGCAGCGCCGCCUUCGUCCGCGCGCCGUCGUCGGACGCCGCGGACGCGUUCGAGGCGUUCGAGUUCGCGCGCGGGCGGCGCUCGACGACGAGGGACCAGUCCUCGUCGGUUUCUGCAGUUUGGUCUGCCAUCGGUGCGAGUGUCGGCAGGUUGGGUAUGCCGCGCUACGUCGAAUCAGUGGUCAAAAGCAGCCACACAUGAAUCUCGGUUUGCAACGCGUUGUGGACCUCUAUCGAUGGUGUUUUCAAGGAUGCUCAACGAUCACCAUAUAUAUAGUCCUCUCCAGUGCUUGUAACCAGUGGUACGUUCGCUGGGGUGCCGUAUUGGGCCGCGUGUGGUGCCACUGGCAAAUUGCCAAAAUGCAAUUCGAACAAUUCAGGCGCAGGCGGACGCGUCUUCCCCCCCCGUACGCCGUCGAUGCACAGCGGUCGAGGAAAAAAACGAAAAAGAAACUACUCACAGGUCGUCGAACCCCCCGCCAUCGUCGUCGGCCGCGUCGUCGAACUGCCCCUCGACCCGUGCGAAGCCGGGAAGUGCAGGCGCCGGAGCGUCCGCGAGCAUGGCGUCGAAGCGCCGCAGCAUCGCCUCCGCGUCCGGCUCGUCGUCCUCACCAGCAAUACCGAGCAUGCCGCCGUCCGACUCAUCGGACUCGUCGUCAGAGUCGGGGUUCAGCUCCGCCGUCCGCGAGAGCGCGUCGAAGAGCGGUUCGAGGGCCGCGGCGUCGGGCGGCACCAGGAACAGCUCCGAGACGGCGUCGUCGGCCGCGGCGUCGCUCAGCAGGAGCUGCACGUAGAGGCAAGGUUCGGGGAAGGUCUGUGCGUCGCGCGUCACGGCGUGCAGGCCCACGCGCUUCGCCAAGAGCUCAAACCCGUGGGCGGGCUGCUCCCAGAGCACGCGCCGGCUCGUCACGCGCAGCCGGCCCGCGCCCCAGGGCGUGCUGUCGCCCUCCUGCGGCGCCGCUGUGAUGCGCACGUCUUCUAGCGUGUACAAGAGCUCCUCGUCGGCAGCGAUGCUUGUGGCGCCGUUGCUUAAAGGCUGCAGUGGGGAGGCGAAGCUAGCCAUCUCUUGUUUUUUCCAGCGGUUGCUUGCAGCGAUGCGUGGCACAGCGAUGUGUUUGCACAAAUGUGAUUGAUUCUGGGCGUAUCGAUGUGCAAUGGGCCAGCAAGCGCCACAAAAAGUCGAUGCGCAUCUCGUAAAACCAGCGCGAAACAUACUAGAGAAACAAGGCAGGACGCCUCCAGGGCUCUCUCCCCCAAAACGACGAAGUCCCGGAGCGGUAUACAGGUCCGAAAGGCAUUGAUUUGGCCCUCGCAAAAAACCCGCGGCCCCGCCAGUUGCUCACGAACGCGGACGCCCUGCUUGGUGCGUAGUGUGUACCUGAGCGCCGCGGAGGACUCUCUGCGGGCCCAGCAGUAACGACAGGCCGCGGCGCUUCGAAAAAGCGACGCGCGCAGACGUGCCUUUGGCUAAAAACGCCCCAGCGCAAAAAGCCGCCGUUCACCCCGCGGACAGCGCCGGGACGCCAUCAACGCCGCAAGCGCCGCGCCAGAGCAGCGCCAGAGCAGUUAUGGAAACCAAAAUGGCCGAAACGAAGCUACGCGUCGCCAUAAGGGUAAGGCCGCUCCGGAGCGAGGAGGGCGCGUGCGCGUGGCGCAUCGAGGGCGAGAACGUCUACCAGGCGGACUGCGAGGAGGUUGUGGGGCGGACGGCCUUUAGAUAUGAUGCGGUCUACGGCGAGAACAGCGCCACGAAGGACGUCUACGAGGGCGUUUGUAGAGAGUUGGUGGAUGGCGCGCUCCGCGGCGUGAACGGCACGAUUUUUGCGUACGGCCAGACGUCGUCGGGCAAGACCUUCACGAUGCAGGGCGGCGACAAGUACGGCGCCGGCGCGCCGGGCCUCAUGCAUUUGGCGGCGGACCACAUUUUCUCCGUCAUCGAGGCGCGGAGCGACACGGACUUUUUGCUGCGCGUGUCCUACCUCGAAGUGUACAACGAGCAGCUGCGCGACUUAUUAGCGGAGGACGGCACGGGGGAAGUCCACAUCCGGGAGCACCCCGAGACCGGUGUUUAUGUCGAAGGCGCGCAGGAGACGGUCGUGACGCAGCCCCACGACAUGGCCGAGGCCCUAGUCCAGGGCGAGAAGCGGCGGGCCGUCGGUGCGACGGCCAUGAACGAGAGAUCGUCGAGGUCGCACACGGUCUUUAGGAUCGUCGUCGAGUCGCGGCCGCGCGAGUGCGCCGAGGACCACGGCGUCCUCGUGGGGGCGAUUUCGUUGGUGGAUCUCGCCGGCUCGGAAUCCGUACGAUUGACGGGCGCGACGGGCGUGCGCCAGAAGGAGGGCGGCAAGAUCAACCAGUCUCUCUUAACUUUAUCUCGAGUGGUCCAGCAAUUGGGCGAGAAGGGCAAGGAGAACUUUGUCAAUUUUCGGGACUCGCGCCUGACGCGGUUAUUGCAGCCUACUUUAUCGGGAAAAGCGCAGUUGGCCAUGGUCUGCUGCGUCGCGCCGUCGUGCAACUACGUUGAGGAAACGAGAUCUACCUUGCAGUUCGGGUCGCGGGCGGCGCGCGUCACGCUGAAGCCCGUGGUCCACGAGAUUCUGGACGACGCGUCCCAAUUACGCCGUGUGAAGCGCCAGCUGGCCGAGUUACUAGCGAAGCAAGAACAGCACGAGCGCGACCAGGCGUCGGGCAAGACGGAGGAGCUGGCUGAUCUCCUCGAGAAGAACGAGAAGCUCGAGGCGGACCUAGCUCAGAGAGCGGCCAAGAUGACGGAGCUUACCAAAAUGAUCUGCGUCGGCGGCACGAGCCAGCAACCGACCAAGCCGAGGAGGCGGCGCCGCGCGACGUGCGCCGUCGGUGCCCGCGGUUUUAGACCGGAGGACGAUUCGAGGUUGCCCCAGAUCCCGUCCUUCGCGCAGCUGCGGGCCCAGAAGAAGGCCGCGGAGCCCGUCGUCGAGGAGGAGGACGAGCCGCCGCCGCCGCCUCCAUCUGAGGAUGGGGUCCUGGGGGCCUGCCGCGACGAUGAUAGGGAGGCCGAAGCUCGAGGGCUGCCGGCGCUGGACCCGCCUACUUCAGAUAAUUUGGAAGCGGCCGUAAGGGCGCGACUCCAGAGAGCCGCCGACGAGACGCUCGCCGUGUCCCAGGACGCCGACGAGACCGUGUCUGAAUUGAGAAGGCAAUUGGAGGUCGAGAAGGAGGUGGCGGAGGAGGUCGAGGGCGAGCGGACGAAGAUCGAAAGUGCGGCCGAAGCACUCAAAGAAAGGUUGGCCGCGGCCGAGGCCGAGGCCGGCGAACGGGCCGAGGCCCACGCUACGGAGGUGGAUUCAUUGAAACAGGAAGUCGCUGAGCUGCGCCGCUUGAACGAGGCGAGCCACGCGGAGAAGGUUUUGGUGGAGGAAAGCCUCGAUGCCGUGAAGGCCCAGCUUAGUGAAGCGGAAGCCGCGCGCGACGCUCUACAAGAAGAGCUCGCUUCCGAACGCGAGAACGCCAAAAUGACCAGGGACGCCGAGAGCCAGGCGACGAUCGAGGCGUUGCAAGCUAAGAUUGACGCGGCGUCCGAAGCGAGGGCCGAAGCCGACCGCCAGCUCGCGGACGCGGCGGCCGCGGCGGACGAGGCGCGGCAGGCGGCCGAGGCGGAAAAUGAGGCCGUGUUGCGGCGGUCGCGGGAAGAAUUAGACGAGGCCCGGGCCGCGACCGCGCGCGCCGAGGAGGCCGCCGCGGCGGCCGAAGCGUCCCGAGCCUCCGUCGAGGCUUUGCGAGACGAGGAGCGUACUGAAUCAGACGGCGUGCGCGGCGAGCGCGAUUCUCUACAAACCGAGUGCGACGAAUUAAGGACGCAGAUCGAGCGCGAGCGCCAGCAGGCGCGCGACGCGGCCGAAGCCCGGGCCUGCGAGGCCGCGGACGAGACCGACGCCACCAUCGCGGAACUGCGAAGGCAGCUCGAGGUCGAGCGCGAGGUCGCGCGCGAGGCCGAAUCGGAACGCGACGCGCUGUCGAAGAAGGCCGACGAGGCCGCGGCCCAAACCCAGGCCGCCCACGCAUCCAUCUUAAAGUCGAAGGACGAGCGCAUCGCGCGCCUCGAGAAGGUCAAGAUGACGACGGCCAUCUUCGCGCAGAUCCAGAAGCUGAGGACGGACAAGGAGAGGGCCCUCGCCGAGGCGAAAGAACUAAGAACGCGCGUCGCGGCCCUCGAGGCGGCGUCGGCGUCGCCGAAGGAGGCCCGCGAGGACACGGAACUGGCAGCACGCUGCGCCGCCGCCGACGCGGCCUGCAAGGCCGCGACGGAGCGCGCCGCGCGCCUCGAGGCGCGCGCGGCGCGCGCGGAGCAGUCCAUGUCCAAGAUCCGCACGCCCGGCGGGCGCCGCGCGCUGCGCGAGACGGAUGCGCUCCACGACAAGAUCGAGUUCCUCGAGCAGGAGAACCUGGACCUCAUGUUGGAAGUCAAGGCGCUCAAGGCGUCGCAGGCGCGCCUCGCGGCGUCGCCGGUAGCUGUCUCUGGCGACGUCGGCGACGAGAACGCGCCGCCGGGGCCGUCGCCCGUCGCGGCCAAGCUCUCGGCGGUCAAGGCGUCGCCCGGCGUCGAGGCGCAGCAACCCGCGGAGGGGACGCAGGAGUGCACGCAGUCCUAGGCUCCCCCGCAUUACACUACUACCAAGAAUUAGAGUCGUAGUCGUAGCACCCCCCGGGCCCGUCGUUGACCGGGGGUGCAUCCUUUGGCUAUUACUCAUCCCCCGCCGACCGGCCCCACCGAUGAUGGCCCCGCGAGGGGCUUCGAGAACAAAAUCCUCGCCGCCGCGUGCGAGCGCCGGAGGGCGCUCAGCUUCUUCCGAAGCACGUCACCUCGCCGUGACGCAUCGGCCACGUCGGUCGCCAGGGUGCUGAUGCUGCGUGUUGUUUCUCUAUGUGCUCGUUCGAGGCCUUUUAUGGCGCGGAGCGGGUCCUUGCGUGAGGAGGCCGGCGGCAGGACCGGGGGGAGCCGUUGCCGGCGGGGAGCGAACGUGACUGGGGGCUGCCUUUCGACCGCCCAGCCCCGCUCCCUUGCGAAGGCCCGGCAGUCCGCGCGACACAUCGGACACGUCACCGAUUUGCAGAAGGCGGCUUCGAGGCACGUUUCGCAGAACUCGUGGCCGCACGGGGUCCUCGUCGUGUCUCCGCGCAACAACUCGAGGCAUAUCGCACACUCGGCGUCGUUACUACGCCGCCGUGGUCGGAUCCGCGACAACGCGACGCGGUUGACGCCGUUCCGCAUCCAGCGUUUGAUGGGCGGCGCGGUGCUUUGCCCGCGCAUAGCCUCGACCUCCUCGCGGCGGAUGCGGUUCAGGCUUAGGACGUGCUUGCGAAGCACGCCCUGUGCCUCAUUGUCGAUGCGCUCCGUGAUGCCUUCGCUCGUCCCGUCGGCCGCGCGCCAUCGAUCUUUGGCUUCUUCGAACGUCCGUAUUCGUAUGAUGUUUGACGGCCUCUCCCUGAUUUGCUGGAGGAUGCGCCUCUCGUACUCCUCCUCUUGGUAUCUACGGUACGCCGCUGCGGCGGCAUCGUCGACCAUGGUCCCUUGUCCUUCAAAAUGUGGGCAGCCUGGUACUGCCUUUGCGCAUGGGCAGCUCUGGCAGUAGGGAGUUUACGCUAGCGCUUUUACUGGAAUUGGCACUACAUCUGCCGCGCGGGGGGGCAGCGGAAGGUCGGGCCGCUCGUCGUUGGCGAGCUCCAUUUCGCUCGACUAGCCUGUGCGCCGAAGAGCCGGCCGCAAAUGAUGCGGCGGGCCCCAAGAACGGCCAGGCUGGGAAAGUUGUGCCUGGCGGGCAUUGGGCCGCUUCGGGCGCCGAUUUUCCGCGACCAACCCCCGCGCGCACGCGCCGUGGUGACUGGGAGGGUCCCUGCCAAAUCUCGCGACCGACGGCGCGAUUUUUGCCCGAAACCGCGUCCCGGCGAGAAACGCGGACCACACAUAGACCGACAUCUUACGAGCCGCUGCUGCCGAACUUCGUCUCAGAUCGUCGUCGGCCACGUGGUGAACGAUGUCCGACGCUGCGGUGGCCCGAUCGGCUCGAAACGGCGCCAAAAGAGACGAUCGUAGGUCAUUUUGCAUGGUUUUUGGCCGUUUUCUCGGCGAGAAAGGCCGCGUUUGCUGCCGCGUUUUUUGCAAUGCGUCGUCCGACUGCCGGGGCCCAGCCGGGGCUGCCCCUCGGCGCUUGGCACUCGAGUGCCAAUCUGAGUGAAAGCUUGGCACUCGAGUGCAGCCUGUAAGUCCUAGUGCCAGUAAAACGGCUAGCGUAAACUCCCUAGUCUGCCAGCACUCUGCUCUGUGUGGGGAGGCGAGCCGAUAGCCCGACGAGGAGUAUGCGUUAGUUUAAAAGUUAACAUUAUGAAUCGUCAUCACGUAUCGAUGCCCCCGCGGCUUCCGCCUCGCGCAGAAAGGGCGCGCGGACGUCGGCGUCGUCGAGCGUCAGCUCGAUCAGCGCUGCUCCGUCGUCGCGGUAGUCCUCGCUCGCGACGGUGACGCCGCGGUGUGACCACGCCGAUAGCAGCCCCCGCACGCCGCCGUACGCCUCCGGCGCCACGACGAGGUCGAUGGCUAUUCGUGGCGGCGCGGCGGGCGCGGCGACGGCAGUUUUUAAGCAAUCCCUCGCGGCUUGGCCGUAGGCACGGAUCAAGCCUCCGGCGCCGAGCUUCGGCGCUGUCGAGGCCUUGUAGCGCGUGACGAUCACCGCGCAGUCGACGAAUUCAGCGCCCUCGAUGGCAGCACGGAUCGGAGCUGCAGCCGUCCCGGUCGGCUCGCCGUCGUCGCUCAUGCGCGCCGACGUGGCGCCGACCCAGGCCCAGCAGUUGUGCCGCGCUUUGUCGUCGCGAUGCCUCGCGAGGAAGCCUUCGGCCUCGUCGAACGAAGUACAAGGAGCCGCGUGCGCGACGAAGCGCGAUCGUUUCACGACGUAUUCGACGGCAUCCGUUUCAGAGGCGAUCGUUGAGGCGCGUUGCGCAAGCUGGCGUCUGCCAGUGCAUCUUGUAAACUGGUGCAGCGCUCCACACGCGCGUGCGUAGAUCAGCAGCAUGCUGGCACGGCUCGGCAUUGAUGCAACCAGCACUUGCGCGUGGGCAAAUGCAUCCGUAUCGCCCCGCCCGCGCUCGAGCUGAGAUUGCUGGGCCAGGGGUGCCUAGUGUCUUACAAGCCGCUAGCUAACCACGCUUCUCCUCGAUAGCUUAUACACGUGAGAGCGGGGAAGACCCGCCCCGGGAGCGCUCCCGAGAUAGUGCGAAGGCUCGGGAAGGAACCCGGUCGGGUCAAUUCUGUCAAAAGCACACAGGUGCGCAGGUCACAUUAGAAAACAAGCCGAGCGCGGGCAGCCGCAGCGAUGGCCAUGGUCUGGCGCGUGCCGCGCGCGAUCACGCCGGGGUUGGUCUUGGUCCAGCCCACGUAUCUCGACAGUGCGCAACAAUUGGUGCCCUGCGCAUGGGAGCCGCCCGUCGGCGUCGCGCCGCCGCAGACGCCGAAGCUGAAGCCGACAUCGCCAUCGAUCAUGGCGCCGCUCCUCCUCACGACGCCGGACGCGCCGCGCCUCACACCGGUUGCGCCGUUCGCACCGCGCCGCGGCCAGCGCGAGCGCCGGCCGCCGCGCCACCUGCCUAGAGGAUCGAAAUUCCCCGGCGGCGGCCAAGCGACGCCGGCGCGCAAGCUCGUGUUCGUCGAGGAGGACGACGUCGACACCGCCGGCCUCGCGCUCCUGGCCCUCGCGCGCUGCGCGUGAUCCCCCUGUCCCCUAAGUUUGUGAAAACAUAAUUACCACUCGGAUACUCUCUCGUCCUGGAUGAACUCCCCGUUGAACUAGCCCACGAUGAAAUACAACUAAACAGUUUAAACAACAGUAUGUGCGACGGGGUCAUCACGUCGCGCCCGGCUCGUUCUCCUCGCCCUCGUGGUUGCACCACGCUUGGAGCGUCAGGAGCACGAGAUGAUCGACGGGCACGGCCGACGCCUCCUCGUCGACGGGCGCGGCUGCUAUUCGUCGGUCGAGCUGCAGCCCGUUCUCGGACGCCGCCGCGACGACGGUCGCGACGCGUUCGGCGAGCGCGUCGGUCGGUGUGGCCGCGGCGUCGUCGCCAAGGGCGUCAACUGUCGUUAGCGUCGUGCGCACCGUCCUCAGCCAGUCGCGUCGCGCGGUGCGGUCCUCCGAAGACGCCUCCUCGGCGAGGUCGAGCUCCAUGAGCACCACGUCCAGCGAGAAUUCAUGACGAAAUGCGGCCACGGCACUCGCGACGAACUCUUCCAAGGGCUCGACCCUGCCGUCGGAGCGAUACGUUCGGUAGCUGUCGACAAGGGAGCGAGCGGUCACGCCCAAAUUCAAGGAUGCGGGCCUCAGGGCUGCACAGUGCAGCAAGAGCAGGAGCAGUGGGCAGACCCUUGGUGGCAGCAUUGCUCUCAGAACAUUCUGUGGGGGCGUCGUUCUGCGUAGAGAUGCCGAGACGCGAACCGGAGUUAGCUAGCGACAGUAAGACACUAGCAAGCCCCCCUGUCUCCGCGUGUCGCAAAAGGCUGCCCAUCGACGCUCAAACGCAGCCAAACUGCUGAUGGAAGAGGCGAAGAAGUGCGCCUCGCCGCGCAGCGCGGCCGCCGCCGCCGCCCGCGCCGCGCCGCCGCCGCCGCCGUCGCUCGGCCACCCGGAGCUCGACGAAUGCGACGACGCCGCGGCGGCGAAGGACGACUACCCGGCGCUCGAAAAACCCGUGGAAGAGACGCCGCCGGCGCUCACGGCGGGCGAGCGGAAGGUCCACGCCUUCCUGCGCAAGCUCGAGGCGACCAAAGCACUGAACGCGACGCAGGAGGCGCAGCUCGCCGCACUCGAGGCGAAGCUCGCGCCGCCGCCGCCGCCGCCGCACCCGCCCUCGAGCUGGACUGCGAACGCCAGGGUCCGGGCGCCGCCCGCCGCCGAGCCGGAGCUGCGGGACCCGCCGCCCGCGCGGAGCGUGCGCGACGCGCACGCGCCGCCGCCGCGGCCGCCGUCGGCGCCGCUGCCGCGCCGCGCGGCCUGGCAGAACGCGGCGCCGCCGUCGCCGUCGCCGGAACGGACGCCGCCCGCGACGCCCGAGCGCGCCGGCGGCGAGUCGUGGCCCGGCGUGCGCGACGUCACGCCGCCCAAGGCCUCGCCGCCGAAGCCGUCGCCGAAGAAGCGCGUGAGCUUCUCGCCCCACGUGCCGCUCUGCGUCCGUACACGUCCCUUCGACCGGUCGCGAAGCCGCGUUCCCGUCGCGCAGGUCGAGGAGUGGCCCGGCGUCACCGAGGCCGCGCCGCGCGCCAUGCCCGCGCGCGACGACGGCAUGAAGGUCGUGAAGAGUAGACGGGGCCACGGCGCCGUGUCGCCCGAGACGGCGCGCGCGAACGCGCGGAAGCGUCGCGAGGCGCAGCGCCGGAACGAGGCCGGCCGCAACGUCUUCACGGGCCUCGACGACGCCAAGGAGGAGGCGCCGCCGCCGCCGGAAGUGCGGCGGCGCAAGCCCGAGGCGCCGCCGCCGCCGCCGCCGAAGGACAAUUCGCCGAAGCAAAAGCCGUCGAAGGCCCGGCGGAAGAAGGCCGCGGCCGACGACGGCUUCGUCGACUACGCGGGCGACCUCCGCGAGCGCGUCGCGGGCGUCGCGUCGAUCGUCCUCAUGACGUGCGUCUGGUUCCUGCCGGCCCUGCUCUACGUCCUGCGGACGCCGCACGACUUCUCGCGGGAGCGCUUCCACGCCGUGCCGCCGCCGCCGCUGCGCUUCGAGAUCCUGCAGCCCGAGCGCGAGAAGCUCGCGACGUCCGAGGUCCUCGAGUGGCGCCUCUCCGAGGACCUGACGCGGCGGGCGUCGGCGACGACGGUCGGCGUCGAGAUCUGGCUCGACGGCACGCGCCUCCUCGAGCAGAACCUGACCAUGCCGCGCGCCGGCAAGACCGAGGCCGGCGACCUCGAGCUCUCGCGGCUCACCUACGGCCUGGGCCACCUCCAGAUGGGCAUCCACAACGUCACCGUGGUCCUGGGCUCCGCCGAGCGGCCGCCGCGGUUCGACGCGUGCCAGAACACGUCGCUCUUCCUGAGCACGACGGUCGGCGAGCCGAGCCGCGCGGCCGUGCCCGAGGCCGUGCCCGAGGAGCCCGCGCUCGCCGCCGCCGCCGCGGAGGAGGGGUAA